AAGCAUCCAACGAGUCCCGACCUCUCAUCUCACUCUCCCGGAGCUCCCUUAAGUACCUCAAGAGUAGCUUCUUUGAUCAGCUAUAGUUCCAAUCACACACCACUCAAAUCACAAAGCACUAACAUUCAUCCGCCAUGGCAUCGGAGAACGCUGACAUUGUCGACGAGACGCCCAUCUCGCCCGUGCGCUCUCUAGACAGGCGCAACUCUCUCGAGAAGCACCUCCAGCAUCGUCCAGAGCCGCAGGACCUCAAGAACAGACACAUCCUUCUAGAUACGACGACAGCACCAGCCCUCCAGGCCAAAGCUCUUGAGCUCGAGCGCCAGCGUGCGACCGACAAUCUCAAGAAAGGUCUAGCCUCGCGUUCGGAACGCGAUGAUCUCGUCCAGCGAAACAUCCUCCCCGAUUCGACCGCUGCACCUGCCCUUCAGGGACACCAGAAGGAGCUUGAUCUCCACAUGAGAGCCGAUAGCCUUGAGAAGGGAUUGCAGGGCAGACCCAGCCCUGAAGAGCUUGUCAAGAAGGGCAUCCUGUCCGGCGAGGAGAAGCGCUGAACGAUGCGUAUGGAUGCGGUCAGCUCAAAGGACUCGAACAAAUUAAGGGCAUGUCGAGGGGGCAUCAGAGUCUAUCUCCUAUCACUCUCCAUCAUGAGGAUGGCGUGAAUGCGUUUUGUCGAAAUUUGAGAGAGCGGAGCCGGGCACAGCCGGGUUGUAAGGGUAACGCGAACACGAGUACACAAAUAUGCACAUCACCAUGCGAGCCCUUUGCUUUAGCUUGCGAUUGUUUCUUCUCUUUUCAUUACACAUGGGGACAACACUAUCACAGCACUCAUAGCAUUCACAGAACCGAAUUGCGCUGGUGAAAAGAGCG